AUGAAAAUAUAAUUGUAAGUAAUUGCAAAUAAUGAAUCUAAAGCACAUAAUUCUGAAUAAUUGAUAAUCUAUGAAUUUGAUUAAAUCUCAUACAAAGUUAUGAUUGUUUUUAUCUAUGAAUAGAUAUUUCUAUUUUUCAUAGUGGCCUAUUCAAAUAUCAUCGUUUUAACUCAUUAAUUUCUCACUUCUUAUAAAUUAUUCUCUUUCCUCUAUAGUUUCUAAAAGUAAUCAGUCUCAAAUGAUAGUUAGACACUCUUUGUUGAAUAUUAUGACUAUAUCUUCAUCUAUUAAACUUAAUUUUACUCUGAUAUCAAUUAGAAGUGA